CCUUGGCAACCUUGAGGGUGAAAGAGUUCUUAGCAACCUUCUCCUUGGAUUUCUUGGAGGCGUCUGCAGCGGCUGGUGUGCCGUCCAUGGCAGCAAGCUGGGCUUUCAAAUCUUUGAGGAUGGCAACUUCAGCAUCAAUGACAGAUUUUUCUGCCUUUUCAGUCUUCAAUUGACGAAUCUUGUUGCCCUGUUCUUGGACAGAUUUAUCUAAAGCUUCUCUAGGAUCAGCCAUAAUGAUUGGUUCAGAAUUUCGAGGAAAUCAACUUGAAGGCACCACCUAAAUUUUCUACCAGUUUUAUCGGGACAUUCUAACUCCGCGCAGAUAAUUGACACAUCUUAGUGGCUUAGGUUGCCCUUUGUUCCUUGACUCAUAAAUGCUAAAAAUUGUUACUCGAUCCUCGAUUAGCUUGGCCGCAGCUCGUUCCAGACAGGCAUUGGCCGGGUCUUUCACUGCCGGAAGCAUCAAGAGUGCUUCAGCCCUGGUCCAAAAGUCUUUGGUUGAAGCCGCAACCAUUCCACUAGGAUCCAAAUUUGGAUGGCAGAGAGCAGGCUACUCCACGGAUGUUAUCAAUGAGGAUCUCAUUGAGGAAAACGAGGUUGUAACUGGAAAGGAAGAAGUGCAUGAGUUCAAAACCGAAACAAAGAAGCUACUUAGUAUUGUCGCCAACUCUUUGUAUUCCGAAAAGGAGAUCUUUGUUCGUGAGCUUGUAUCUAACGCAGCCGAUGCCUUGGAGAAGCUUCGUCACAGCCAGAUGAUGGAUCAAGGAUUGGAUUCCGGAAAGCCUUUGGAAAUCCACAUCUCUGUUGACCAGAGCAAAAAGCAAUUUAUCAUCCAGGAUUAUGGUAUCGGUAUGACGGAAGAGGAAAUUAAUGACAAUUUGGGAACCAUUGCCCGCUCUGGAUCUAAGGCUUUCCUCGAAAAGCUUGACAAGGAUGGAAGCGGAUCCAAGGAAAACAUCAUUGGACAAUUUGGUGUUGGUUUCUAUUCUACUUUCAUGGUUGGUAACAAGAUCAAGGUUUAUACUCGCUCUGCCAAACCUGACUCCAAAGGCUACUGCUGGACAACUGAUGGACAAGGUUCGUACUCACUUGCAGAGGCCGAUAAUGUCGCUGUCGGUACGAAAAUUGUCAUCGAACUUCGUGACGAUUGCAAGCAGUUUUCUUCCAAAAUCGAAGUUGAUUCUAUCAUCAAGAAGUAUUCCAACUUUGUAGGCUUCCCUAUUUACCUCAACGGCGGAAAGGUCAAUACUGUCGAGCCGUUGUGGACCAAGGAAAAGAACAGCGUGACCGCUGAUCAACAUAAGGAGUUUUAUCGAUUCAUUGCCAGUGCUUGGGAUGAGCCACAAUAUACUCUUCAUUACAAGACUGACGCUCCCAUCACCAUUUCUUCUAUUCUCUAUGUUCCUGAGAGACAUAUGGAAAUCAUUGGUCAGCGUCAGGAGCCUGGUGUGUCACUUUACUCUCGCAAGGUAUUGAUUCAACCCAAGUCUAAGGGACUUUUGCCCGACUGGCUUCGAUUUGUCAAGGGUGUCGUCGAUUCUGAGGAUAUCCCCUUGAACGUCUCUCGCGAGUUGCUUCAAGAUAAUAUCCUUUCCCGACUUCGUACUGUUAUGACUUCUCGUGUCAUCAAGUGGCUGGAAAGCGAAGCCAAGCGUGAUACCAAGCGCUACAACGAUUUCUUCUUGGACUUUGGUCAAUUCAUCAAGGAAGGAGUAUGCACUGACGCCAUGUAUAAGAAGGAUAUUGCCAAGCUUCUCCGAUUCGAAACUUCAGCUACCAAGGACAAUGAAAUGAUCAGUCUGAAGGAGUAUGCUGAUCGCAAGAAGGAGGAUCAAAAGCGCAUUUACUACUUGCUGACACCUAAGCGCAAGUUUGCGGAAGAAAGUCCCUACUUCGAAGCUUUCAAGAAGAAUGGCAUUGAAGUUUUGUACUUGUACGAUACUGUGGAUGAAUUCGUUGUAAACCAUCUUCGCGAAUUCCAAGGUCUUGAUUUGGUGGCUGCCGACUCUGCCGAAGCUGCUGAUGACCCUCUCCUCAGCCUGAGCACAAACGACACCACUAGUGGUGGGCAGCUCUCUGAGACGGAUGCCAAGGAAUUGGCCAAGUACAUUCAAGAAACCCUCGGUAACAACGUUGUUAAACAGGUGGAUGUGUCACGCCGCCUUGUGAACUAUCCCGCAGUUGUUUUGGAGCACGAAAGCCCUGCAAUGCGUCGUAUGAUGCAAAUGAUGCAAGGUUCGGCUAAGAUGGAAGAACCGGAAGCACAACCUACUCGUCUAGAGAUCAAUCCCGACCACGCUGUUUUGAAGGGACUGUUCAAGGUUCGUAAUGAGAAGCCAGAGUUGGCCAAGAUGGUGACUGAGCAAAUCUACGAUAAUGCUCUUUGUGCAGCUGGUGUUCUAGACGACCCACGCUCUAUGGUCACUCGACUCAAUAAGCUUCUCGAGUUCAGCAUUGAAAAUGUUGUUCAUCAAGAUAAGAAGGUCAAAUUAGACUAGACUUUGGGCAGAUAAUUCGUUUAUAGAUGGAGGAGAGUAGCUAGUAAUGUACAAAAAAUACAACCGUUAUGAACACAAUGAAACAUCCUCUUCUUGGUAGAAAUUGGUUUUGGCUGGGG